AUGGACCUUGGCAAAAGGCCAAUUCUCCAGCCUCGCCAACAACAAUGGCCUCCGCGCCUUCGGCUUCCGGCCGUUUACCUCUUCGUGCACAUCCACAUGUUGCUCAUCAGCGAGAACGAGACCCUGACAAAGCUCAGGCAUCGUCAGCCUACCCACGAAUCCAUCAACCUCCGAGGAGGCGCGGGAGGUGACAGCGGAGGAGAGGCGGGGGCGCCAAUGGCGAUUCUUAGCCGGCAGAUCUCGCUGGAGAGCGGCAUCGCCUGGGUCGACACGGAGGAGAAAGAAGUCCAGGGAAGAAGAAGCAGCGACGCCAAAGAGGAACCACGGGUGGUUCUAUCGCGGAACAGCCGGAGCUGUGGAGCUCCCGGUGCCACCGCGGGGAAUGCCGGCCAAAGAAAGGGAGAUUUCAGCAUGUUCCGGACGAAGUCGGCGCUCGCUUCGAGACAGAAUUCCUUCUUGUCGUCGCGGAAGGAGAGCGGACCCGAUCUCAACCACGCCGAUGGCGUCCCUGGGUUAGCCGGGACUGACGACAGAGUUAACAAGAGCGUCUCCGCCGGAAGGUACUUCGCCGCGCUUCGAGGGCCGGAGCUCGACCAAGUCAGGGAUUGCGAGGACAUCCUCCUUCCCAAGGGCGAGGUGUGGCCGUUCCUCCUCCGCUUCCCGAUCGGGUGCUUCGGUAUGUGUCUCGGCCUCGGUAGCCAGGCAAUCCUGUGGAGAGCCCUCGCGUCGAGCCCGGCCAUGGCGUUCCUCCAUGUGACCCCUGACAUCAACCUCGUCUUCUGGCUUCUCGCGCUUGUAGUCUUCGUCUUCGUCUCCAUCACCUACGUCCUCAAGUGCGUCUUCUACUUCGAGGCCAUAUGCCGUGAGUACUACCACCCCGUCCGAGUCAACUUCUUCUUCGCGCCGUGGAUCGCCUGCAUGUUCCUGGCUAUCGGUGCCCCGGCCAGGCUUGCGCCGAAACAGCCCCACCCGGCCAUCUGGUGCACCUUAAUCGCACCCGUCUUCGUCCUGGAGCUCAAGAUCUACGGGCAAUGGCUGUCGGGGGGUAAGCGCCGGCUGUGCAAGGUGGCCAAUCCAUCGUGCCACCUCUCGGUGGUCGGCAACUUCGUCGGCGCGAUCCUGGCGGCCAAGGUAGGGUGGGAGGAGGCCGGCAAGCUCCUAUGGGCGGUCGGGCUAGCGCACUACCUCUGCUUGUUCGUUACCCUGUAUCAGCGGCUGCCGACCACCCAGGCGUUGCCCAAGGAGCUGCACCCCGUGUACUCCAUGUUUAUUGCGACGCCGGCGGCGGCAAGCAUCGCGUGGAGUGCCAUUUACGGGAAGUUCGACGCCGUGGCGAGGACCUUCUACUUCAUCGCCCUCUUCCUCUACUGCUCCCUCAUCGUGCGCAUCAACUUCUUCAGAGGAUUCAAGUUCUCGGUGGCGUGGUGGUCGUACACAUUCCCGAUGACGACGGCUUCCGUCGCCACCAUCAAGUACGCGGAAGAGGUUCCAUGCUUCUUCACCAAGGGCCUGGCGGUGAGCCUUUCGGUCAUAUCCUCGACCAUGGUGUUUCUGUUGCUCUUGUCCACCCUCCUCCACGCAUUGGUUUGGCGAUCCUUGUUCCCGAAUGACGUCGCCAUUGCCAUCGCUAAAGACGGCAACGGCGGCACGAGAUUGCGGGGAACGGAUAAGGCGGCGGCGGCGGCCCAAAGGAGAUACGACCCCAAGCGCUGGGCGUAG